AUGUCGUCUGCCCAACACACUCGCUCUCUAUAUUCAGGCGAAGCAACAAUAGCGUGUCUCCUCGAAAUCAAAGGCGACCUAUAUGCUCUCGGUCCAGCCCAUCUUUUCACGGAGAAGACCGCCGCCAAGUCUCAAGAGCAGCUGCUAGCCGAGCUGCUACAAAUGGACGAAGAUGAUGAUGAUGACAUCGCUUUCGACGACCACGACGAUGAAAGCGAUGAGGGCUAUGUUUUACCCAAUGGCAUCACAUCUGAGGAAGAUACAAUCAACAGUAACACCACAAUACCCAGUGAUCCUUCCCCUCCAUUAUCAAAGGUCGUCGACGAUUCAAGUAACGACGAAGGAGCCCUCGAACACCUGAUAAUAAUAUAUCCUGGCCCAGAAGACCUCCACAAAGAUAAUACGGACGGUGAUUGGGCGGUCACACAUAUCCAGAAGCAUCAACAACAGCUACCGAAUCUGUACCUGCCUGAGGGACAGCAAGCUUUUAGGCUUCGACACAUUGUAGACGUCUCCAGCGAGCCUUCAGGAGACGACACACAACUCAUGUCCGAGAAAUCUGUUCAUAUACUCACUUCCUCGUCGACAAAGCAUGGCAUGCUCCUCCCAGGAUAUGCGAACAUAUCUGGCCUGAGCGGACGCGGACAUUGCAGCGUACAUAUUGUGUCGAUGGCUGGCUCUGAUGGUAACAUUUCUCCUCAGGCUAGGCUUAUUUAA